AUGAAAUCACUAUCGGCAAAUGGUAGCCAAGUCUGCGGAUCUGGUGGCAAAUUGGCUGAUUUGGAAAAAGAACUUUCUGAACGUGAAAAAGAAGAAGCCAAGGCCAUGGCUAAAAUGAAGAGUGGCAAGGAAAACGUUGCAUCGGAGGAGAAGAAAAAGAAGCAACUGGAGAAGAGUAUAAAGGAUGACGAGGCAGCGCUGAAGGAGAAAGAGAAGGUGUUGAGUAAAGCAGAGGAUGUGUUCCUACGACUGAGACAAGCAGACGAGGAGGACAGCAAGGCUCUGGAGGCAGAUCAGCGCAAGUACCAGGUUGUCAGCUCUGGUCUGCUGUCAUCAGACGACGGACAAGACGCUACACUGCAGGACCAGCUGUUGAAUGCUAAACAGGAGGUUAGCCGGCUGCAGACAGAGUCGAUGCAAUGUAACAUGCAACUGGAACACAACAGAAAUGAGCUGAAAAUCAAACAGAAGGACUUGAAGCAAGGAGAGACAGACUAUGCCAGGGAUGAGAAACAGCUGCAAUCUAUGGACAAGGAACUGGAGUCCCUCAGGCGGUAUUUAGGCAAAGUAAAUUAUGAGGAAGGAAAACUAGAAGAUUUGGAAGACAGAAAACGUCAGCUAAAUACGGACAUAAGAAAGAUGAGAGAUAAAGUUGAACAGUUCCAAGCUAGGAACUCUUCUCUCAGAUCCAACUACAAGAACCCAAAGCCCAACUUUGACAGGUCGGCAGUCAAAGGUCUGGUUUGUCAGCUGUUUAAAGUCAAGGAUCCAAAGUUUGCCAUGGCUUUGGAGUCUGCUGCAGGAGGAAGGGUUCGUGCUGGAUCACUACAAGAGUUGGUGUACAAAAGUGGGCAAGCCGGAGUUACAAAAGCUUCCGUCACCAUCACAUUUGACAACCGAGACACUAGCAAGUCUCCUCUCGGAUAUGAGAAGUACGAUGAGAUCACUGUUACUAGACAGACGGUGGUCGACAGACAGAACAUUGAUGAUGUAUCGGUUCUUUCCUGCGUUCUUCUUCUGUUUGGUUUUCAGCUCAUUUCUGUUGUGUUCCAGUUGCAUGUUACAUUGCAUCGACUCUGUCUGCAGCCGGCUAACCUCCUGUUUAGCAUUCAUCAGCUGGUCCUGCAGUGUAGCGUCUUGUCCGUCGUCUGA